AUGGCCGCUGUUCAAGCUAAGCCGCAGUGGCCGGUUCGUCCGGGUGUACAGCAUCAAAACAGUCAGAAUCCCUCCAGUUUAACACUGAACAGAUCGAUCAAUUUGUAUCCACUAACAAAUUACACAUUUGGCACAAAAGAACCGCUUUUCGAGAAGGAUGCGUCAGUGCCGGCUAGAUUUCAGAGGAUGCGCGAAGAAUUCUCAAAAAUUGGCAUGAGGAGGUCUGUUGAAGGUGUCUUACUAGUCCAUGAGCACGGAUUACCACAUGUCCUGUUAUUGCAACUUGGGACAGCGUUCUUCAAGCUGCCUGGUGGUGAAUUAAAUCCCGGAGAAGAUGAAAUAGAAGGUCUGAAAAGAUUAUUGACAGAGACUCUUGGAAGACAGGAUGGUGUUAAACAGGAUUGGCUGAUAGAAGAUACCAUUGGCAAUUGGUGGAGACCAAACUUUGAACCGCCUCAGUAUCCGUACAUUCCCCCCCACAUUACAAAACCGAAAGAGCACAAGCGGCUCUUUUUAGUGCAAUUGCAAGAUAGGGCUUUAUUCGCUGUGCCAAAGAACUAUAAGUUGGUCGCGGCUCCCCUAUUUGAAUUGUACGAUAACGCUCAGGGGUAUGGGCCCAUCAUAUCGUCCUUAUCACAGAGUUUAUGCAGGUUCAAUUUUGUGUAUAUGUAA